GGAGAGCGUGUUGUUGGGCCGUCUGCCCACAGUAGACAUGGUGGGCAUGAGCGUUCUCCGGUCUGCUGCUGCCUUUGCAGCCAGACUGAGUCCUCUGAAAUCUGGAAGUACUGCGUCCAAUUUACUCACCAGAGCAGUCCCUCGGACAGAUAAAGUGGCAGUGCGCUGGGGCCAUGGGAAGAAAAUGUUUGUCAUCCAGCCCACCGACUACUAUGACAGGAGGUUUCUGCGCUUACUCCAAUAUUAUGUCCUGCUGACUGGCAUUCCUAUGGCUGUCCUCCUCACCUGUGUGAAUGUAUUCAUUGGUGAGGCAGAGCUGGCUGAAAUCCCUGAGGGCUACGAGCCUGAGCACUGGGAGUACUACAAGCACCCAAUCACCAGGUGGAUUGCUCGGAACAUCUACGACUCUCCAGUGAAGGACUAUGAGAAGAUGAUUGCUGCCGUCCACAUAGAGAAAGAGAAGGCAGACAUGAGGCUGAUGCAGCUGGAGGUGCGUCGACAAAUGAGGCAGAAGGGAGACGGGCCUUGGUUCCAGGUGGAGACCCUUGACAAGAACCUGAUUGAUUACAGCCCCAAGUCAACACCUGACAAUUAAACCAAACUCCCCUGUUGUCAGUACAUCAUUCUGAUGUUUCUCACUGUUUGUGUAAAUAAAGUAUCUAUGGACUCUUGA